AUGAAUCCUCUGGUACUCGUGUUGGCAAUCGCUUCGGCAGUUUGUGGCAUCAAUGUGCUUUUGGUGAAAGAUUUUCUCAAACUGAAACAGUCCAAAAGUGCUGUUCUGUUCCUGUGUAACCCACCUGAGUCUCGCACCAUCUUCACUUCUCUAAACGAUGAUAAUAUGUUUGUGAAAAUCGUAGAUCUGAACAGUCAAUUAUUUGAUUCUUAUGCUAUUUUGCCACUGCAAGUCUACGCUAGAACAUCAUUUGUGUUUGAUUAUGGAUGUGACUCGUACCUUGAGAUAUUGGAUAAGUUCUCAGAUCACCGGUACUUCAAUUUGACAUUCAGUUGGCUAUUUACCACCUCGGACAAAGAUUCACCGAUGCAGUUGGAAAACUUUUUCUCGCAUUCGAAAGGUAUCCAGAUGAACUCUGAUAUCACCAUGGCCUUGCAAAAACGGGGUUCCGCAGGAGUAUUCGAACUUUAUGGUGUGUACUCACCGGGAAAACAUUUGUGCAGGGACAUCUAUCAGUUUAAGUAUGGCGAAUGGAAUGAAAUGAACGGAAUGGAUAUUGCCCCGGGAUUCAGUUUCUACAAAUCGAGGACCAACUUCAAAGGGCUUCGUAUGCGGGGCGUCGCAGUGAUUGAUUGUGAUAAUGUUACAUCAGAUGAUGUAGAGAGAAUAUUAUCAACUCCUGGUCGAGAACCUGGUGUGGCACUGUUUAUCAAGUACCAUUAUUCACUGUUGACCAUUUUACGAGACUACCAUAACUUCACAUUUCAUUACCGUAUCACAAGAGGUUGGGCGGGACGGUUAAAGUCUGGCUAUCGACUAGGCUUACUUGGAGUUUUACAACGAAACGAAGCUGAUAUUGCCAGCACUGGCAUAUUGCAUCGAAGGAAUAGACAUGACGAGUUUGAUUUCAUUCAUUUCAGCUGGGAGUUUACCACUGGCUUUCUCUACCGCAUCACACCACAACUGCGAGAUUCUUCCGGAACCGGAAGCUUUUGGUCCCCCUUCGAUGGCCUGGUUUGGCUUUCAUCGGCCAUUACGGUGGUCGCGGUGCUCGUAGUUCUUAAACUAGUUUCAACAAUCAUAUCUAAAAUCAAGCGUUAUGAGCCAAGUAAUCCGUUCGUUUCUUACAUUGUGGAUGUUAUUGCGACCAUUGCCCAGCAGGGUGUCUCAAACCAGGUGUCGGGUCUAGUCUCCAUAAGAAUCAUAAUAUUUUCAUUGCUGUUUUUAACGCUUCUUCUGUACAACUACUACACGUCAUCGGUGGUGGGAGGUUUGCUCAGCUCCCCUGGCAAGGGACCGCAGACGCUUCAAGAGAUAACAAAUAGUCCUCUUACGCUCUCAUUCGCUGAUAUUGGCUAUCACAAAGUGCUGUUUGCGGAAGCUAGGACACCUGAAAUUCGUGAGAUGUACAGCAAAAAGGUGCAACCGUCCCGUGAAGGCAAAAAUACCAUUCCGGUAUAUACGGAUGUGUCAGCGGCCGUUCCCUAUCUGCAACGGGGUGGGUAUGCUUUCCAUUGCGAAUUGACCGAGGCAUUCCAAGAAAUAGCCAAUCAGUUUGAUGCGUACGAAAUCUGCGAGUUACGCACGGGCGCCAGUCUGUUUUCGGAUUUCAAACUACUUGGUUUGAUACUACCCAAAAGAAGCAUGUACUCGGAAAUUUUCAAAACUACACUAAUGCGAGCUCAAGAGAUUGGUUUGGUCAAGAGACACCUUUUAAUAUAUAGAACUGGGAAACCAGCAUGUCAGGCUGGAAGUCGAAUACAUCCAGUUGAACUGCACAGUGUUCAAACGGCCUUUACCGUUUUGGGUGUUGGUUUUGUAGUUUCACUGGUACUACUUGGCAUCGAACGAUUAUGGUUCAAUUCGGUCAUCAAGCGGGAAUCAAUGAACUUUAUCGAAUAAACACGAGGAUAACACUUCACAGUACAAGAGGGACAGAUAAUUUAUAUAACAAUAUUAAUGCCUAUAAUAUGACCAUUUCGGAAACGUUUUAAAUGGAGAUGUAAAUGUAACAUUCCGAUUAGUGAUCCAACGAAUGGUUUAUUGUUUUGUUUUAUCAGCAGCACUGCUGCUGCCGUUGUUGCAUGAGGAGUGGCGGGAGGCAUCACCAGUGCACACGGUGCGGCGCGGUUGCGGUGCGGUAGCGUUGCGUUCUCGUGUGCAUCCUCCCAUUUGAUUGUGUGUAACUCAGGACGCACUUGCGUGCACGCUGCGUGGACGCGCCGCCCGUGUGCAUCGGCUCUUAACCCGUCAUAAUAUGAUAUGAUAAAACAGCCUUUUGCUCUUUCGUAUAAAAUCGAAAAAUCAAGAUAUUUUUCUUAAUUUAAAAACCCAAUUUGGGCGUAAGCGACGCAGAACACUUCACAAUGAAUGCAACAGCAAACGUAUUGGAUCUGACAAACAGCUUCUAGCCAAUGCCAAGGUUCAAUUUUCUAAGCCACCCUCCAACACAGACCACCCCAUCGCAGCCCUCUCCGUUCCCAAAUUCAUCGAUUUCAAGAAGGGAGAAACCAUUAAUCCAUACCGAGCCGAAACGCUUAGGCAGCCUACCGACACCGCGCCAACAGAAAUACACCAAAGUGCAUCAUCAUCACUGCACGAACAGCAACAGCAAUGGCAACAAGCUCGAGCUGCGACGCCACCACCACAACAACAACAACAACAACAACAACAACAGCAAC